AUCAUGAAAUCGAUAUCAUAUUUCUACAAAAAUGAGCCUCUUUUCAGUCAAGUCCAUAACUUGAACAAUUCUCGAGAAAUUCUUUUGGUUUUCUGGGCGUAAUUUUCAAGAUGAGCUCCGCCUCUCCUACCAAAACUCCUAGAGAGGAUAAACUUCGAAAGAGUUCAGCACUGGCAAUGUCCAAAGUCAGUGGCAUGUUUAGAGCUAUUACACCCAAGAGCGAACUAGAAAGUACCAUUUUAAAGGCAACUGCUUCGUCGCUGAAAGAACCCAACUGGAAACUCAAUAUGAAGGUAUGCGACUUGAUCAAGAAAGAAGCGCCUUCCUCUAGCAACCUGCAAGAGAUUGUACGCUAUAUUUGCAAACGCGUAAAGCAUCCCGACGAGAAAGUGGCUCUUAACGCUCUCGUAUUGCUAGAAACAACAGUGAAAAAUGGCAAACCAGUUUAUUACAAAGCAGUUGCUGAUAGAGGGAUCCCAAAACUCUUGAAAGUGGUUUACAACCCCCUCACUUCGCAAGACGUUCGAAACCGGAUUCUACAGUUAAUAGAUAUUUGGGCAGAUGCUUUUCAACCAGUCGAAGAUAGUAUGCCACAAUUCAAAGAAGCGUAUCAGGAACUGUUAAAAAGAGGAUUCGACUUUCCUCCAAGGACAAAUGAAAGCCUAGUUCCCGUGAUUCAAGUCGAGGAAGACCCAGAACUGGCAGCAACACUGGCUUCUUCUAGAGCAGAAGCUUCGAGUUCGGUCGAUACAGAUCAUUCUAUACCGAGCCUGCAAUAUUCUCCAAGUUCUAGUAGUUCUCGAGAGCUGGAAAGGUUACACGAUGAGCUGAAGGAGACAACUGGAAUCGUCAGACUGUUCGAGGAAACUGUUUCUUUCAUAAAACCAGAGACAGAAGACCCUAGUGAGGUGGAGUUAGCAAGAGAACUUUAUGAAAAGGUUUCUACUUUGCAUGAACGACUUUCUUCUCUAUUGGAGAAUAUUUCUGAUGAAAGUAUUAUCAACAAAUGUUUAACCUUGAAUGAUUUUAUUUUGCAAGUGCUUGCGGAAUAUGAAUCGAAGGUCUCUAUCCACCAGUCAAUGGUAGAUUCAGCAAAGUCAUCUACAGAGACGAAGAGCAGUCAGAAUCCAUCGGAGGAUGUAUCAAAAGCUUCCAAUCAUGAAGACGAUGCUGCGAAAUCAGUUCCGGCUUGGUUAAAAGCAAGUGUCCCUGUAUCAUCUUCUUCUGCAGAUUGGCUCAGGAACCAUUCAAAUGCGUCCAACAACCAAUCUGUGGAGAGCAAAGUGACCGAUGUUAGUACUACUAGCGACCAGCGUAUGAAUAAUGAAGUAUCGAACUAUUCUAAUUUGAAUAAUUCCUCUCCUACCGACAGCAAUUCCGGUACAGAUAAUGUAGACUUGAUUGGUUUAAGUGAAGAGAAGAAUAUAAAGCCUUCAACUGCCAGAAAGGAAAUAUCAACAUCCAAGAAUGAGACUUCGGAUCCUUUUGAUGAGUUAUUUGCUCCGACUGUAGUGAAUAGUGAACAGUCUCAUUCCUCGAAGAAACUUGCUAGUUCUUUUGCUGAUUUACUCAUAGAAGAUGAAAACUGAAAGUGUAUUCUAUUUGUAGUGAAUUGUGUAUUUGUUGUCACUUUAGAGAGAAGAAACAUUGUCGCGUUUUCCAUUGUACAGUGGGCGUAAAUGGAUAAGAAAUAAAGAUUUUUACAGAAUCCAUAUAUGAAUGAAUAGCUUUCAUCACAUUAUCCGUCGUCCCAUUCAAUGGACAUUCAUGAGAGCACAGACGAGGAUGCUACAGUUACUAUAAAUGAAGUUUCUAAAAAUAUCAUCACUGUUGCCAUAAAAGGAGAGGACCAUACCCUAGGAAAUGUGGUACGUUACCUGCUCUUGAAAAAUAAACAGGUUGAGUUUGCC